AGACUCCACGAUCUCCUUCUCCAUUUUUUUUCUUCUCAGUUCUCUACCAAAAGAGAAGAUCUCAGACACGAAGUGGUUUCCAGGAGAGUGAGUGAGAGAGAGAGAGACUAACGAAGGAAGGAAGAUGUCGCUGAGGCCGAGCACACGCGCGGAGCUGAGGAAGAAGAUAUACAAGACUGGUGUCGAUGCAGAUGAGGCGAGGCGUAGGAGAGAGGACAACCUCGUCGAGAUUCGUAAAAACAAGCGCGAGGACAGUCUCCUCAAGAAGCGCCGCGAAGGCAUGAUGCUCCAACAGCAGCAGCCUCUCGGAGCUUCUGGCCUCGAUGCUCUCCAGAGCGCUGCCGCCGUUGAGAAACGAUUGGAAGGAAUCCCAAUGAUGGUACAAGGUGUUUAUUCUGAUGAUCCUCAAGCUCAGCUUGAAGCUACUACUCAGUUUAGAAAGUUGCUAUCUAUAGAGCGCAGUCCUCCAAUUGAUGAAGUGAUCAAAGCCGGUGUUAUCCCUCGUUUUGUUGAGUUUCUUCGAAGGCAAGACCAUCCACAACUCCAGUUUGAGGCGGCAUGGGCUUUGACCAACGUUGCGUCAGGGACAUCAGAUCAUACUCGGGUUGUGAUUGAACAUGGGGCCGUACCUAUCUUCGUCGAGCUUCUUAGCUCUGCUAGUGAUGACGUCCGGGAGCAGGCGGUGUGGGCCUUGGGGAAUGUUGCUGGAGACUCGCCAAACUGCAGGAAUCUUGUUCUCAACUAUGGGGCUCUUCUACCAUUGCUGUCUCAGUUAAACGAAAAUUCAAAGCUAUCCAUGCUAAGGAAUGCUACAUGGACCUUGUCCAACUUUUGUCGUGGGAAACCACCAACACCAUUUGAAGAGGUGAAGCCUGCCUUGCCAGUUCUUCGGCAGCUUAUUUAUCUAAAUGAUGAAGAAGUUCUUACUGAUGCCUGUUGGGCUCUCUCCUACCUUUCAGAUGGCCCCAAUGAUAAAAUUCAGGCUGUGAUUGAGGCUGGUGUCUGUCCACGACUUGUGGAGCUUCUAAGUCAUCCAUCACCGACGGUUCUCAUUCCUGCUCUCCGAACUGUUGGGAACAUCGUAACUGGCGAUGACUCUCAGACACAGUUUAUAAUUGAUAGUGGGGUACUUCCACACCUUUACAAUUUGCUCACGCAAAAUCACAAGAAAAGUAUCAAAAAAGAAGCUUGUUGGACAAUCUCAAAUAUUACUGCUGGGAAUAAAGUUCAGAUAGAGGCUGUGGUUGGCGCUGGGAUUGUCCUCCCUCUUGUGCAUUUGCUCCAACACGCAGAGUUUGAUAUAAAGAAGGAAGCUGCGUGGGCUAUUUCAAAUGCUACCUCAGGAGGUUCUCAUGAGCAGAUUCAGUAUUUGGUAGCACAAGGUUGCAUCAAACCUCUCUGUGAUCUUCUUAUCUGCCCUGAUCCAAGGAUUGUGACGGUGUGCUUAGAGGGGCUUGAGAACAUUCUCAAGAUUGGUGAGGCUGACAAGGAGAUGGGGUUAAACGGUGGGGUGAAUCUCUAUGCUCAGUUAAUUGAAGAAUCUGAUGGGUUGGACAAAAUCGAAAACCUUCAGUCCCAUGACAACAACGAGAUAUAUGAGAAGGCCGUUAAAAUCUUGGAGAGAUAUUGGGCUGAAGAAGAGGAUGAGCAGAUUCUGCCAGACGGAGAUCCAGCAGAACAAGGCUUCAGUUUUGGGAACAACCAGGCUGCUGCUCCCCCUGGUGGAUUCAAAUUUGGUUGAACAAAGGGUAUAGAACAUUGAAAAUCAUUUGGUGUGGGGGGGGACCUGAGAAUCAUCUUUUGCUACUGUCAUUGAAGGUUGGUUUUUGAAAUACUGGCGCAAAAAGGCUUUUAUACCAUUUUUUCUGUUUGUUGUCAUUUGUCUGAAUCAUUCUCUGCUUCUGCAUCUUAAUAUACCUUUAAAUCUGGGAUGAAUCAUGUUAUGUCUAGUGUGGUUUACUGGUUUAGGAUUGAUCACACUUUGUAUUUGUCACUAUUAUCUUUAUUGUUAUAGUUUUUUCAUUUCAUAA